AUGAAUUACAAGGCUUUCGUUUUCCUCAGUCUCUUAUUUGCAGUCGAUAUUCUGGUCUCUUCUGUGGUGUUGGCUGAGACAUCUAUAGAUGAGAAAAAUCAGGAUAUAAAUCAGCUAGAUGAUGCAAAUGCCAGGUGCCAACACGGUUGUUGCGGUGGCUAUGGCAGAUUUGGAUGCAUGAGCUGUUGCUCAAAUGCUGUUGAGGCUGGAACCAUGGUAGCCGAACCUCAAAAACCGGAAGCAAACCAUGUAGAUGAUGUAAGAAAUCAUGGUGCUGGCGGUUAUGGAGGAGGGCACGGAGGUGGAGGUGGUGGCGGCGGUGGUGGCCAUGGAGGUGGUGGUGGUGGACAAGGAGGUGGUGGCGGUGGCGGCCAUGGAGGUGGUGGUUAUGGAGGAGGGCAGGGUGGUGGCGGCCAAGGAGGUGGUCAAGGAGGAGGUGGUACCGGAGGUGGUCAAGGCGGAGGUGGUGGUGUAGGUGGUGGUCAGGGUGGUGGCAGCCAAGGAGGUGGUCAAGGAGGAGGUGGUACCGGAGGUGGUCAAGGCGGAGGUGGUGGUCAGGGUGGUGGCGGCCAAGGAGGUGGUCAAGGAGGAGGUGGUACCGGAGGUGGUCAAGGCGGAGGUGGUGGUGUAGGUGGUGGUCAGGGUGGUGGCCAAGGAGGUAGUCAAGGAGGAGGACAGGGAGGCGGUCAAGGUGGUGGCCAAGGAGGUGGCCAAGGAGGUGGUCAAGGUGGAGGAGGUGGUGUAGGCGGUGGCCAAGGAGGAGGACAGGGAGGCGGUCAAAGUGGUGGCCAAGGAGGUGGUCAAGGUGGAGGAGGUGGUGUAGGCGGUGGCCAAGGAGGAGGACAGGGAGGCGGUCAAGGUGGUGGCCAAGGAGGUGGUCAAGGUGGAGGGGGUAGUGGAGGUGGCAGCCAAGGAGGAGGAGGUGGUGUAGGCGGUGGCCAAGGAGGAGGACAGGGAGGCAGCCAAGGUGGUGGCCAAGGAGGUGGUCAAGGUGGAGGUGGCUACCAAGGCGGAGGAGGUGGUGUAGGAGGUGGUCAUGGAGGAGGUGGAGGCAGCGGUCAUGGAGGUGGUGGAGGUGGAGCUGGUCAUGGUGGUGGUGGAGGCGGUCAUGGAGGUGGUGGAGGUGGAGGAGGUCAUGGAGGCGGUGGGGGAGGAGGUGGUCAUGGAGGAGGUGGAGGUGGUGGUCAUGGAGGUGGUGGAGGUGGUGGUCAUGGAGGAGGACAUGGAGGAGGUGGCGGAGGAGGAGGCUACGGAGGAGGAAGUGAUGGCCAAGGAAGCAACUACACUGUAAAUGGAAGGAAGAUGCUGCAUUAA